AUGGAAUGGACUGUUGAAGAAAAAGGAAUAUUAUACGAGCAGAAAGUUGGUCACACAAAGCCCACCCCGCCACCUAUUGCAAAGUUGGCAUGCUCCCUGGAAAAAACGAGAGCAUCUUACCAGCUGGACUGGUACCUCAACAAUUUUUCCGACCACAUGGAUUCUGAAGAACCGAAACAGUUUUGCACAAGUUUUGGAAAUGGAAAAUACAAGUUUUCUUUCGGAUUGGUACCAGCAAACGAAAUGGAGGAAGACGACGGUGAUGUUUUUAUGCGUCUUACCAUUGACAAAUGUCCGGUAUCAGACAAACCUGUAACUAUUGCUGUUUACCUCAGAACAGCGUCAGGUGAAAGAAAGGUAGCUGAACGUGUUCAUGUUAUGGACGACGAAGAUGUAAUUGGAUUUAAGUUGUUCGAUUUGGAAAAGUUUGUGAAGUCUCCUUCGAGCUUCACUACAGAUGAUAUGCUUCACGUAAUCUGCCGAAUUACCAUUGAGGGAAAGCAACUCAAUUGCUGCAGUAACGUAUGGAGACCUCCAGCAUAUAACAAACCAUUAACUCCUGAAUCCGUGGCUGAAGGUCUAGCUUCAGGCUCUUUUGUAGGCCCAAUAUUUGGUGCACCGUACCCUGGUGGCUUAUUUGAGGCUGCUGCUGCAGGAUCGGCUGCUCGUUCAUCUUCUACUGCUGGAUCAUCUUCCGCUUCUGAGGAAACUUCAGAUGGAGAAAAUUCUUCUCCAAGAGCAAAACGUGCAAAAUGUGCAAAACGGAAUACGCAACCAACUCCAAGAGACGGGUUCGAGGAGUUAUUCAAUUCUGGAGACUUUUCGGAUUUCACAAUAAUUGCAUCGGACGGAACAGAAUUCAAAACUCAUAUGUACAUCCUUUCCACUUUUUCCGAGUACUUCCAAAAUGUUUUACACGACAAAAACAGCAAGCCAUUCAUCGAGAAACGAAUAAAAUUCAGUACUAUUUCCGCUGAAGUACUAGAAUUCAUUCUACGACACAUUUAUAAAGAACCAGCUUUGCGACCUCCUAUUUUGGAAGAUCAAUUAACGCCUGAAUUGUAUUCAGCAGUGCAACUAUUGAAAGUUGAAGUAGUUGUUCAAAGCAUUGCCGCUGGUCUUCAUUCGAAUGUGCACGUUUAUAAUGUUAUAAACCGUUUGUUUGCUGCAACGGAUUAUGGCAUUUGGUGGACUAAAGAUUGUCUGCUUUCCUAUUUAAUCGAGAAUCGCUUCAGAUCAUUCGAAGAAAAUGAAUAUAUCGCUUUGCAUAAGAAGAACCGUUACUUCGCAAAUGAACUGUUUGAUAAAUGCUUCAUGGUUUCUAUUCCAAAGGAAGUUGCGGAUGAACUAGCAAGGUUAGAAGCGGAAAGAACCAAAGCAAUAUUCGGUUAA